UUGUCUGCUACGGCACUUGGUUUAAGUUUUGUUAUGUAAUAGAAUUUGGAUCUGUAUUCCGAUACUCUACUGCAGUCAAGGGAUAAUAUUUUGUGUUACUUUUAAUCCAGUUUUUCAAUCAUUCAAGGCUCCCUUUCUUUUAGAAAUAUUUAAUCUUCGAAAUUUUCCUUCGGAAUUAAAUUAAACUUUAGAAAUGGCGAAUAUUGUAGUCACUGGAGCAAGCAGAGGUUUAGGAUUAGAAUUCGUAAAACAAUUAGCCAAAUUUAAUAAAAAUCCAAAAAUUUUUGCAUUAUGUCGCAAUCCUCAAGGAGCGGAGAAACUUCAAAAUUUAGCUAGUGCUUGUACCAAUAUUACCAUUUUAAAAGCUGACAUGACAAACUUUGAUGGAUAUAAAGAAGUUGUUUCAAAUAUUCAGAGGGAAACAGAAACUGGAGGUGUUAAUCUUCUUAUUAAUAAUGCAGGAAUGAUGCUAAAGGAUACCUUAACUUCUGUAAAGUAUAAAAGUAUUAUUGGUACUUUCGAAUUAAACACAGUUGCACCUUUGUUAUUUACUCAAGCUCUUUUACUUUUAUUAAAAAAGGCUGAUGAAAAUGCUCUGCCUAUGAAAGUUGGGAAAUCUGUUGUAUUGAAUAUAUCUGCCCAUUUAGGUUCCAUAGAAGAAAAUACCACUGGUGGUUACAUGUCUUACAGAUUAAGUAAAGCAGCCUUAAAUAUGGUAACAAAAUCAGCUGCAAUGGAAUUGAAAGCUUCAAACAUAUUUGUAAUGGCACUACAUCCUGGAUGGGUGAAAACUGAUAUGGGUGGUGAGCAAGCUCCUCUUACUGCAGAAGCUAGUGUUAAUGGAAUGCUAACAGUUCUUUCCAAAGCGGAUGAAAGCUACAGGGGGUGUUUGUUUACAAACAAAGGAAGAAAAAUUCCCUGGUAGGAAGCCAAUAUUUAAAAAAAUAUGUAUAUGCUUUUUAACUUAAUCAUUUAAUUUGUAUAUUCAUUUUUUUUUAAUAAUAAUGUUUUGUAAAUGAAUUACUUGCUGCUUUAAUAAAAUUCAAGUUGUCAGUGUU